CCGAUAAUCUUGGGGGAAAGUACCCACAAUCCAGCUCAUCGCGACGCGCAGGCGGCAGAACAACUUAUUACUUUAACUUUCGAUUACUUAAACUUGCGACCACGCACCAUCACCAUUCAUUACAGGAAUAUACUUCUCUCAAUUGCGCACCACCGUUGGUAUCUUAACAAUUACCAAUUACUUAAUACAACACUUGCCAUUAACGCCGAGCAUUUUUUAAACAAAAGGAGGAGUAUCAUUCAAGACUUUACUUUCCAUCGCCGAUUCUUUAUUUCUUAUCCCGGUUUUACCUAUCCUCUAAGCCAUCUUGACGAUGGCUUCCUCGUCGCGCAGCGGUGAGCACCGCUCCAUUCAUCAGGACUUCAUCGCAAGAAUCCGUUUCUCCAAUGCGCUUCCACCUCCCCCCUUUCCGCCAAAGCUUCUCGAUAUACCCAAUACCGGCCUCGCAAGCGGUCAAUACACAGCCCCCGGUUUUGCCUCGAGGUUAGCGAGGGAGCAACCGCUGAACAUCGAGGCUGAUGCCGAACUGGGUAUGCCAUUGGACCUCGUGGGAAUGCCAGGGAUAUUUGAAGGUGACGAAAGCUCCAUCCAAGCUCCUGCGCAACCACCGCAAAUCCAUCCCCGCGAUCGAGCUCUUCUCAGAGCUCCCGGCAGUUUAGGUCAUCCUAAACCUGCCGAAACCAACGUGUCCUUCCUACGACGUACAGAGUACAUAUCUUCUGUCUCAACCAAACGUCACGAUAGCAGCGCUUUCCGUAGCAACAACCCAGCUCCCAAACGCCCGUUGAAGCGACCUUCUCCCGAGCCAGAUGUUGACUCCCCGGCACACAUCAAGAAGAAGAUAGAUCAGGGCUUUGCCAUAGCAGCUGCGAACCUCAAGGACAAGAGCAGGGUCAAGCAUCCUUCUAAGAGGAACCUCAAGCUAGUUGAUGCCUACCCCUUGAUUCCCGACCUUGAGGCCUUUCCAGACUCCGGUGCAUAUGUCACAUUCAAAUUUACCAACAACCCUCUCCCUGCGACUCGUGUAUACGACAAGCGUCUCCUCAACGGUAUCCUCAAGCCUAUUAGCAAGACGGAGGCCGAGGAGGCUGCUUUUGCGAUGGCCAUGCAGGCCCACGAGCGGGAUCCGCAGCACGUCCCGAAGCCGCAGAACCUGAUGGACUACGACUUCUUCCUGAACGACAGCCUGGACGCGUCGGACCGGUUCCGGCAGAAGUUCGACAUCGAGAACCCGGACCAUGACGACGACGGCCUGUACACGCACAAGAGCAACGGCAAGCCCAACUUCCUGUUCCCGCGGGUGCGGACGUACGAGACGGCGCAGGAGCUCGAGCUCAACAACCAGACCAAGUACGACGAGGAGGUGGUGCUGGCGUUCAACGACGACGAGGCCCUCGACCAGAAGGCCGCCUUCUACUACCCGGUCAUGCAGCGCAGCGUCAUCAAGCCCCAGCGCAACAAGAACAUCGCCCGCACGAUAGGGCUCGUGCCGGCGGACAUGAUCGAGGAACGGAACGUGGACCAGCUGGACGUCGUGGUGGAGGACCCGAGCGACGACAUCCGGGCGUGGAUGAGCCUGUACCGGGACCACCCGUACGGCAAGGAAGAGGAUGGCGAAGGCGAGGGCGAGGAAGGGGAGGGCGAGGGCGCGCAGGACGGAAACGAGGACGCGGAGCACAGGGAAGAGAACGGUCGAUCUACGCAGCAUGUGGAAGACGAGGACGAGGACCAGGAUGCCGAGGGCGAAGAAUACUAGUGGCCGGACGGUUGAUUGGGAAGUUUUAUACUACAUGAGAGUAGGCUUUUUAUCUUUUUUUUUCUUUUGGUCUUAAAGAGACAUAGGAAAUACCUAGGUACCUACUUUCGUCCUGAUUAGAAUGCGGUAUAAUUGCUAUGGAUUAGGGAGGCAUUCCGGAUAAUUGAUGAGAAGAACAGUCACAUUCUAUAUUAGCAUCGUCAUCAUCAUCGUCGUCGCACCCUUCCUUUUUUUUAGCCUACUGUUUAGCUAGCUAGGUACAGGUAGCGAGGUAUGUAGCUAAUUGCCCCGAGUUUACGAAGGGUAAGGUUAUUGUCACCUGUACGUACCAAUGUAUGUACCAAUGUACUCUUCCAUUUCCGACAGAACAUCCCCAAUACCUAGAUCGCGACCUGCUUUUAGUUUAGGUAGUUAGCUAGACUG